AGAAAGAAAGAAAGGAAGAAAGAGCUUUCGGUCUCCUCCCUCUCACCAUCCUUUUCCUCUGCACGCUCCCUCCCGGCGCCAAAGCGGCUGCAGCUCAGGAGUACACUACUAGUCAUCAUCAUCACCGCCUCCUCGUGCUCCGCCUGCGCCCCCUCCCCUCCCGCAUUUAAACCCCGCGCCAACCCCUGCCGCAUGCCGCCAUUGCUGCCGCCCACCCCUCGUCUCUGCGUGAGCCAGGAGUAGUAGCUCACCAGAGCCUCAGACCCACCCAUUACAUUACUCGUGGUACUGGAGUGUGGCGUGCCUGUGAGUGAGGCAGAGAGACAGCAGGAGGAGCAGAGAGCUACCUACUCCAGCUAGGAAGGAGCAGACGACAAUGGAGCGCAAUGGCGGCGCCCCCGCUCCCUCUCUCGCCAUCGCCGUCUGCCUUCUCUGCUGCCUCGCCUCCUCCCCCGCGGCCUACUCCGUGCCGGCCGACCCCAGGCGGCACCCUCCUUCGGCUAGCCCUGCGCGCGGUGGUCACCACCACGGCCCUGGACCGGCAGCCUCCCCGCACCGCCGCCACCACCACCGUGGCAUCUCCCCGGUGCCGGCGUCCCCGCACUAUGCACCGGCGCCGGCGCCGACCGCGGGGGCCGACGGCCUGCCGUCGCCACACCCACCGGUGCCGGUCUACACCCGCGCGCCGGAGCCGCAGACAACCACCACGCCGCACUUCGGGUUCCCGCUGGAGCCGACGGUGGGCGUCGCUGCCCGCGGCCCGUCGUCCGGAGCGCUGCCGAGGAACGGGGCCGGCGGCGACGGGUACCCGUUCAUCGGCAGCAACCCCACCGUGCCGCUGCCCACCGGCGUCACCGACACCGCCACCGUCCGCCCGCUCCCCGACACGGCCAGCAACGACGACAACCGCAAGGUGGCCGGGCGUGCCGCCGAGCCGGUCCGGGCCGGGGCCGCCAUGAUUGGCCUCGUGAUGGCCGUCCUCUCCACUACUGCCAUGCUGGUGUCCUCCUGGAGCUAGCUCAAAUCAUUGCCCUUCCCUUUGCUGCCAGUGUCAAGUGUCAACUCUUACAUUGUCUUGUGAGUAGUACGUACUAGUGGUACCUGUCUUCUGAAUGACUGUAAAUAUGAGUGAGUGUGGAUCAUCAUUUCAUCUGCCUAGUGCAAAAACUUUGGGAUCCAUUCGGAAA